UACACAUACACAUUCAGACAUCCAAGAUAAAAGAGUUUGAGAUUUAAUAAAAGAGCAAUAGGAAGCAGAAAAGACUGAUAUCCCAUGAGUAACAAUAAUGAGCCACUUCGGCCUACCGCCGCCACCACGAGUAACAUGGCUCCAGCUACUGCUGCUCGUUCAACUUCACUGCUUCGGAAUGCAUCUAACUCAUCACAUUCAAAUCCAAACAGACCACGGAGACAAAAAUCAUUAGUCAGACCAGAGCGUGAAAGGAAUUAUCCAAAUAAUCGGUUAUAUCAUUAUCGACAGAGAGCUGAACAACGGCAAGAUACUGAUUCAAAUAACUUUGCCCCGAGUACGACGGGUAAUUUGAUAUCUACCAAAGAGCCUACACGAAAGUCGCAUCAAUCGUCCCAUUCACAACAACAACAACAACAACAACAACAGCAGCAGCAACAGCAACAGCAACAACAGCAACAACAGCAACAACAGCAACAACAACAACAUUCAAUGCAGCAAACAAUGGCUCCAAAAGGUUUAGAAAGACGGCCAACAACUCGUGAACAAUUAUUACGACGAGGCAAAAGUAUUUUAGGUCGAGAAGAAAAAUACAAUGAUGACGAUGACGAUGACUACGAUGACAGUCUGGGUGGAGCCAUUGACUAUGGUAUGAAAAGAAACCAAGGCUGGUGUUCAGACUUUCAGCCAUGGCUCACUUACUGCCGUCUAUUAACGUGUUGUAUUCCAAAGCAGGUUUUAAGAUGUACAGGUAUACCGGAUGGACCAGCGCAAAUGGCAUGGCGAGAAAAAAUUGGCUUGGUCUCUUUUAUCCUGUUUAUCAUGGCUUGUGUGGGUUUUCUCACUUUUGGAUUCACUCAAGCCGUGUGUCCCAUUCCCCCCAUGAGUGUGCGUGGUGGACAAGUGAGUCCAGGUUAUCUUGUCAUUUCAGGAUGGGCCUACAUGCUUGCGGAAUGGCAGCAUCCUGCUGGGGUGAGUGGUACCAAUGAAAGCACCAAUAUUCUGUAUCCUCCAGUGGAUGCUGGAGGCAUGGAUGCCAGUUUCUUAUUCCAGACGGUUCAACCAGAGUGCGCAUCUGUGUUUAUACCAACACAAGGGGAUCAGCCCAUCUAUUUUCCUUGCCAGCUCUUCAAUCCCAAUUCGACCGUACCACCUGACGCUUCUCAAUUUAUGAAUAGAACAAGCUGUCAUUUAUCUGCCAAUGCACACAGUCUCUACAACACCUUUCAAACGCAAGGCGUACCUAAAUCAAGGGGUGGAUUCGACAAGGCGGCCCGUAUUUACUAUGACUGGAACGAUAUCAAAGCAGAGCAAUUUCUUACUGUUUAUAAUGGGUAUGUACUCAAUUUGAGGUUACUGUCGUCCUUACCCACUACCCACUUUAGAACACCACCCGAUGGAUUGAUCGCGGCCAUCCAUGCAAAUAUCACGCAAUUUGUAGGAAAAGACAUCACAAGAACGAUUAACGCCAACCGAGCCAAAAAAGGGCAGUGGGAACAAGAAGCGAAAUGUCUAUCACAGACGAUCAAAGUGGGAUCAUUAGAUACGAUCAGCAUUGGAUGCAUGGCCUCCAACAUUGUCCUUUAUGCCUCACUCGUGGUUAUUUUAGGUGUGAUUAUUGUCAAAUUUGCGUUGGCAGUGGUGUUUGGGUGGUUUUUGUCGUGGAAAUUGGGUAAUUUCAAAGAAGGAGCCUCGUAUGCAGCGAGAAUGAAACGUGAGGCAGAAAUUGAGAAUUGGACAAGUAACAUGCAAGCAGGCGCUCCUUUGACCAAAGCCCGCAACCAGUCCAUGCUCUUUGGAGGCGGUAGCCAUGCGAAACGGAAAAGCUUGUUUCCCCAAACGUCUCGUUUUACACAACCCAUGCAUGGCUCUACACGUUUUGAUACAGAGAAAAGUGGCACCGUAUCUUCUGUAUGGAAGACACCGAACAGUGCGUUAGAAAACCAUGUUUAUCGCCACUCCACCCUAUUUGGCAUGGAUGGAGCGAAUCGUUAUUCUACGGUCACGAUGGGAACACCUGACCUAUACAACGCGAGUAGAGCCUCCGUCUUUUAUAGUACACCGUCUGUAUCGGCUCGAUUUCUGGGUCACAGUGAGCUUCAUCCUCCUCGUCGGUCGUCGAUCACCUCAUCUGAUCUAGCGAGUACGACCGACACGCAUUCCACGGGGCCCAUGUGCCCCUUACCGGUGUCGCGGCACGCUGUUCGACAACCGGCGUCCGAUUACAUGCCUUUCCACUUUCCUCUUGCUCAGACGAUUUGUCUGGUCACUUGUUAUUCCGAAGGCGAGGCAGGCAUCCGUAUUACACUCGACUCGAUUGCGACCAGCGACUACCCCAACAGCCACAAGUUGCUUUUGGUGAUCUGUGACGGAUUGAUUACGGGUUCGGGGGAAUGCAAGUCGACGCCAGAGAUUUGUGUCGGCAUGAUGCGCAAUUUGAUAGUACCGGCGGAACAAGUGCAGGCGUACUCUUAUCUCGCGCUCGCGGACGGAGCGAAGCGACACAACAUGGCCAAGGUGUAUGCGGGAUUUUACAAGUACGACGAUACGACGGUGGACAAAGCGCAUCAACAGCGCGUACCGAUGAUUACGAUUGUGAAAUGCGGCACACCUGAGGAGCAAGCCAAAGGGGGAAAGGCUGGUAACCGUGGCAAACGCGACUCGCAGAUUAUUCUGAUGCAGUUUAUGCAGAAGGUGAUGUUUGAUGAACGUAUGACGACGAUGGAAUACGAGUUUUUCAACAGCUUAUGGCGUGUGACAGGGGUAGCGCCUGAUGCGUAUGAGAUUGUGUUGAUGGUGGAUGCCGAUACGAAACUCUUUCCCGAUGCGCUUUCCCGACUGAUUUCUUGCGCAGUCAAAGACCCUGAAAUUUGCGGGUUAUGUGGUGAAACCAAGAUUGCGAAUAAAACGGAUAGCUGGGUGACGAUGAUUCAGGUGUUUGAAUACUACAUUUCCCAUCACCAAUCCAAGGCGUUUGAAUCCAUCUUUGGCGGUGUCACUUGUUUGCCAGGGUGCUUUUGUAUGUAUCGAAUCAAAGCGCCCAAAGGACCGGAUGGAUACUGGGUACCUAUCCUUGCCAACCCUGAUAUUGUCGAGAGGUAUUCUGAAAAUGUGGUGGAUACGUUGCAUAAAAAGAAUCUGUUGCUUUUGGGUGAAGAUCGUUAUUUGUCGACGCUGAUGCUUCGUACCUUCCCGAAUCGGAAAAUGAUGUUUGUUCCACAGGCAGUAUGUAAAACGGUCGUGCCAGACACGUUCAAGGUGUUACUGUCACAACGAAGACGAUGGAUUAAUUCGACGAUCCACAAUCUGAUGGAACUAUUAUUUGUUCAUGACCUCUGUGGUACAUUCUGUUUUUCGAUGCAGUUUGUAGUUUUUAUGGAACUUGUGGGUACAUUGGCACUUCCGGCAGCCAUUUCGUUUACGUUUUAUUUGAUUGUGAUGGCGUGUCUCGGUCAGCCAGCGAUUAUUCCAUUGAUUCUACUGGCUCUGAUUCUUGGGCUACCAGCUGUGUUGAUUGUCAUGACCAGCCGAAAAGUGGUGUAUGUGGGCUGGAUGCUCAUCUAUCUGUUCAGUUUACCUAUAUGGAAUUUCGUUUUACCCAGUUACGCUUAUUGGCACUUUGAUGACUUUUCUUGGGGUGAUACGAGAAAGGUGGCUGGCGCAAAAGCGGACACAAAAGGAGGACAUGCAGACAAGGAAGGAGAAUUCGAUAGCAGUGCUGUGACCAUGAAGAAGUGGAGUGAGUAUGAGAAAGAGAGAAGGGUCAAGGAAGCAAUGGAACGCAAUAUGCCUGUGCCACGAUUUGUGGAGAGACCGAGGGGCAGCAUGGACGUCUUUCGUGAAUCCAAGAUGUUUAGAAAGCGAAGUAGUAAGACAGGCUCUGAUGGCUCUCAUGAAAGCGAGGUUCCUUUAACGCAAGCGGUUGCUUUGCAUCAUGACAAACCUCUUCCUCCUACGCGACAUCUUCAUUAUUCAAGCACGCCGUCAUCACCGCACCCUCACUCUCGCUUCCACGACGAUGAGAAUGGGGAGACUCUCGUCCAUGAAUUGAGGGUGCAAAAAAAGACGUCACCGCUGAUGUCGAGUGGUGAAGAUUCUUCCUCCUCAUCGGUAGGCCCCGAUAUCCCUCUCACAUUGAUGCAGAGAACAGAUUCGCAAGACUCGUCCCAUCUGCUACCCUCCUCUUACAGGACUCGUGCAAGUUAUAAUGCAGCACUCACCCAUUCUGGUAUAGAGUAUGAAGACGAAGGAUUGGAUGGAGGGGAGGCCGACAUGUCAUUGAACGACAGAGGUAGGAAGAAUGAGGCCAGUACAAGCAUGGAUAAUAGUAAUGAGAGUCCACCAAAACAUCAAGAACAACAACACACAAUGACCUUUAUGUCACCUUUACUGUCAUCCACAUCAGCUGCUUAUAGCAAUCAUAAUAAUAACAACAACAACAACAACAACAACAACAACAGCAGCAGCAGCAGCAGCAGCAGCAGACAAGAUCCUCUGUUCCUGAUAAUAUACCCGUACUUCCUCCACACAAGAGUGAUUACAAAAAGAACUAAAUACAGUUUCUCUUGGUCACGUCUUUGUUUGCGGUAAAAAACCAAAAAAAGACAAACUUAUAUAGUAGCGUUUUUUUUUUUUUUCCUGUUACCAUCGUACUAAGUAUAGAUAUCCUAUACGUAUUUUACCUUUUGAUGCACUACUUUUAAAACUCUUUUCUAUCUACCUUGGAAAUCAGGAAAACAAUUAACAUGGACUUUCAUCCCAUUUUGACCCAACGUCAUCAUCCCAAAAAAAAAAAAAGCUUGUAAAUAAGUCUAUUUCUGAUGCAGGUAGUAUCAUCUCCUGUAACCCUAUUCCCAAAUAUCGUUUUCUGUUCCACAUAGACACAAGACAUUCAAUAGAAACACACACACAAGUUUAUUUCGUAUAAUAACAUGUUCGUUGUUAAUAAGCGGUCAUUAGAAAAAAAAAUUUAGGCGCGUAAUACAAUUGCA